AUGAAUCACAAUGAAGGGAGGUGUAAUUUUGUAGUACACGAGGGGAAGGAAACUGUAUGUGGUCAAUGGGGGGUGGAUGAAAGAAGGGGUAUGGUCGCCAAGGGGAAUCUUCCCUGCAGAAAUGAAAACCGAAAUGGUCUCCAACAAUCCUACGAGGGGGGAGAACUGUUUAAUCUGAAGCGAGGAGUGCAAAGAGACAGUCCAAGAAAAACCACACAAGAGGGAUGUGCAAUUUUUCCAAAAGAACAGCACGCCGAUGGGGGAAGGAACCAAAAAAACGGGUGGACGGGACAAAGCAAAAGUGGAGGAACAGGACAAAACAAAAGUGGGGGGAUAGGACAAAACAAAAGUAGGUGUACAAAAAAGAGAAGUAACAUUGAGGAAGAGAAGGAGCUCCCAAGCGGAGAGCACACACCAGAUGAAGGGAAAAAGGAAAAUUAUGUUACAUACUGUGAAGAUGGAUAUUUACGGGAAUUACUGAAAAACGCUUUGGUGAACCCCAGUAUGAAGGCCUUCCUAGGGACGAGGGUCAUUUCGUUUCUUAACGAAAAGGAAAGGCACAACUGUUCUAUGGUCUGCAAGCUCCUCUUUUUCGAAACUUACUCGAUGAGGAACUUAAGGAAUAUAUACAAGAGAAAAUUCAUUCGAAGUGAAAAGAGAAGCAUGAUCUGGAAAAUUAUCCUUCUUGGAGAUAACAUUCACUUGAGUGAGGAUCUGUUUGGUGAGUUGACGCGGAGGAGGAGCACGUACGAGCCGAUUAUCGAGAAGGACGUGCCUAGAACCUUUCCGCAUCGGUUCUAUUCUUCUGGCGGGGCAACAGAAAAUAUAACUUCGAACCAUGCGUGCACCGGAGUAGUAACCACAGGCCACAUGCCCACCCAAGAAGUACCCCCUGGCAACGUUCCCACAGAUGGUGUACCCCCCCAGGAAGAACUCUUCGAUGUGCUAAAGAUUUGUUCAUUGUAUUUCCAAAAUGUGGGUUACUGUCAAGGAAUGAAUUACGUCGCCGCAAUUCUCUUCCUCGUCCUUAAAGACAAAUUAUAUACGGCCAGAUGCUUUAUAGCCCUGUUAAAAAAGUUUAACUUAAAAGGAAUGUAUAUUUUAAAAUUUCCCCAACUGAAAAAAAUUAUGUACCAGUUGAAGGUUCUGAUAAAGGGCUAUUUUCCUAAGUUAUUUUCCUAUUUUCGAAGGAAAAAAAUAAAAAUCGAUUUUUUCUGUAUAAAUUGGUUCAUGACACUGUUCGCACAAGAUUUAACUUUUGAUCAGACAGUAAAAUUAUGGGACAGCUUUCUUCUUUUCGGAUUGAAGAUCUUAAUAAAAGUGAGCUUAGUAUUCCUGUGCCACUUUGAAAAAGAUAUAUUGUCCCUAUCAUAUGAAGAAGCUUUAACCUUCCUGAAAUCCAUUACGAGAUUUCCCUUCACAGAUCAUCUGUUCGAAGAAGAAAAUUUCUUUGCCUACUUAGGAAGGUUUAAAGUGACCAACCGAACUUUGAAGCAAAUUAUUUUUCUCCGGAAAAAUGGCAUUAAAUUUGAGGUUCAUGUAAGGGAAGUGUGCCACCGUGGGGUUCAAACCAACCGGUGCUCCGUUGUACUUUGUGAAAAUGGCGGCUGGAGAGAAAAAAUGGUGCAGGAGAUAGGGGGAACAUGUAGCACCAUCCAUAAUGGGGAUAACCUCAUGCACAGGUUCAUGGGAAUUUUCCGAGGCGUCGUAGACAACAGAACUGGUGUUUCGUUUGGAAAAACAGUUGGGGAGAGGAAAAGACGCCCUCCUUCUCGCCGAGCCAACCAAGCCAUCUGUACCAACUUCUUCCUCGAUCCCAGCCGCUCCAAUGAAGUCACCCCGGAGAACCAGUGCCUUUCGCUCAACUUCAACAGUGGCCUCUUCUGUGGUGUGAAGGAGCGGAGUAGGUACCUUCGGGGGGAUAGCACCAUCUGCGAGGGCACCACACGGGAAGAAGAGGCCACCGCAGAGGAUGAAUGCAGCGCGCGCCCCACCGGGAACGCCUCCAUCGAAACGAACACCUACUACGACUUGAACCUUACCAAGUCCUUCCGGUGA